AUGGGGAAGAGGAAGUUCAGCGGCUUGGAGGUGACCCUCAUCGCCCUGUUCUGCCUGGUGGUCAUCGUGGCCUGCGUCCUCAUCGCCCUGCUAGCCACCGGCCAGUCAGGAGUCAAAAGUCCCCAGGAAUUUACUCCACAAUGUCCAGUCGUAGCAUCGGCAGAGAGGAUUGACUGCAUCCCGGAUCGAGUAGCAACAAAGAGCCUCUGCACCCUGCGUGGCUGUUGUUGGAGCCCGCAGAGUGACACCAGCGUGCCCUGGUGCUACUUCUCUUCCAACCAUGGGUACCGAGUGGACGGAUCCAUACGGACAACCCCGGCAGGGUUUCAGGCUACAUUGACAAGGUUGUCAUCACCGUCCCUCUUUGGAAAUGAUAUUAACACUGUGCUCCUCACCGGAGAGAAUCAGACACAGAAUCGCUUCCACUUCAAGAUCACUGAUCCUAAUGCACAGAGAUUUGAAGUCCCCCAUGAGCACGUGAGACCUUUUGAAGGAUCUGCGGCCUCCAACUUAAAGUACAAAGUUGACAUUAAGCACAAUCCCUUUGGCAUCAUGGUGACCAGAGUGAGCAAUGGGAAAGUCCUGUUUGAUACCACCAUCGGGCCACUGCAGUACGCCGACCAGUACUUGCAGCUCUCCAUCAAACUGCCCAGCAUCAACAUCUACGGUGUGGGCGAGCACGUGCACAAGCAGUACCGGCACGACGUCAACUGGAAAACCUGGCCCAUGUUCAGCAGGGACAUCGGCACCUCCGGGGACAUGAAUAACUUAUACGGAGUUCAGACUUUCUUCCUGUGCUUGGAAGACAACACUGGUGCCUCUUUUGGUGUCUUCUUAAUGAACAGCAACGCCAUGGAGUUCGCAGUGCAGCCCGCCCCAGCAGUGACUUACCGAACCAUCGGAGGGAUCCUUGACUUCUACGUCUUGUUGGGGGACACACCAGAGCAAGUGGUGCAGGAAUACCUGCAGCUGGUGGGGCUGCCGCUGCUGCCUCCGUACUGGAGCCUGGGCUUCCAGCUCAGCCGCUGGAACUACGGCUCACUGGACGAGGUCAAAGCCGUCGUGGAGAGGAACCGCGCCAUCAACCUGCCCUACGAUGUUCAGUACACCGACAUUGACUACAUGGAGGAGAAGAAAGAUUUCACUUACGACAAAGUAAAAUUCAGAGAUCUUCCUGAUUUUGCAAAUUAUAUGCAUAACAGUAGUCAAAAAUAUGUUCUCAUCUUGGAUCCUGCUAUUAGCACGACUAAUCUCGUGGAUGGGAGUAUGUAUGGAAGCUAUGUCAGAGGAGAGGAAAAAAAUAUUUGGAUUAAUGAAUCAGAUGGAGUAACACCUCUGAUUGGAGAGGUGUGGCCAGGAGUAACCGUAUUCCCGGACUUCACCAAUCCUGACUGCACCAGCUGGUGGGCGGAGGAAUGCAGAUUAUUUUACAAUACAGUGCCCUUUGAUGGGAUUUGGAUUGAUAUGAAUGAAGUUUCCAACUUUGUACAAGGCUCAAAUAAAGGCUGUGAGCAGAACAACUUAAACUACCCACCCUUCACUCCUAGUAUUCUUGAUAGACUGAUGUUUUCCAAGACGCUCUGUAUGGAUGCAGUGCAGAAGUGGGGGAAACAGUACGAUGUCCACAGCCUUUUUGGCUACUCCAUGACCCUCUCAACCCAUCAAGCCAUCCAAACGGUGUUUCCAGGCAAGCGGGGCUUCCUUCUUUCACGAUCCACCUUCAUCGGAUCAGGGAAGUACACAGGGCACUGGCUGGGGGACAACGCAGCGCUGUGGGACCACCUGAGAUGGACCACACCUGCCAUUCUGGAGUUCAACCUCUUUGGGAUUCCCUACAUUGGAGCAGACAUUUGCGGUUUCUUUGAUGACACCACGGAAGAACUUUGCCGAAGGUGGAUGCAAGUAGGAGCAUUUUAUCCGUUUUCCAGGAAUCACAAUGCUGAGUUAUAYAUACCUCAGGAUCCAGCCAUCUUCGGGGCUGAUUCAGUYUUGGUGAAAACUUCGAAGCAUUACUUGAACAUCCGCUAUACCCUGCUGCCUUACCUGUAUACGCUCUUCUACAAAGCUCACACUCGAGGAGACACUGUUGUACGGCCAGUUUUACAUGAGUUUUAUUCCGACGAAGCAACUUGGAGUGUUGACAGGCAGUUCCUGUGGGGUCCCGGGCUGCUCAUCACUGCUGUGCUCGAUCCGGGCGUGGAUGUGAUCCAGGCAUACAUCCCUGACGCAGUUUGGUACGAGUAUGAGACGGGGACAAAACUUUCCUGGCGAAAAGAGUGGGUUGACAUGUACCUACCAGCAGACARGAUGGGACUUCACUUGCGGGGAGGCUACGUGUUCCCAUUCCAACAGCCAGCCACCACAACAGUAGAUAGCCGCAAGAAUCCUCUGGGACUUCUCAUUGCCCUGGAUGACAAUAACAAUGCAAUUGGGGACUUCUUCUGGGAUGAUGGAGAAUCCGCAGGCACAAUCGAAAGCAAUCUCUACAUCUACUAUGAGUUUAUUGUUUCUAAUAAUAGCUUACAAAUGAAUGUCAUAAACAACGGCUACACUGAUCCAAACAACCUGAGGUUUGAAGAAAUUAAAAUAUUUGGGCUGCCCCUGGAGCCAACACAAGUCACCGUAACUCAGAACAACGUUGAGCAAAGUCCUCCUCCCAAUAUCACCUACGAUGCUUCAGCCAAGGUUGCCCAUAUAACAGGACUCCAGCUCGAGCUGGGAAGAUCCUACAGACUGCAGUGGAACCAAGAAUCCAGCGUCAAUGAACGAUACGACUGCUACCCCAGCCCUAAUGCCACCAGGGAGAAGUGUGAGCAGCUCGGCUGUGUCUGGAACGAAGCCGUCUCGGAYGUGGAUAUUCCAUCCUGUUACUACAGUGCAGACAACCCCUACUCCGUUGAUAAAGUUGAAUACUCUGCAGAUGGCCUGGCAGCCAACCUCACCCUCAACAACAUCAACACCAAAGYGUAUGAGAACUCAACCCAACCGAUCAGUACGCUGCGCUUGGAGGUGAAAUACCACGACAACAACCUGCUGCAAUUUAAGAUCUACGAUUACCAAAACAAACGGUAUGAGGUUCCAGUGCCACUAAACCUCCCCAGCACCCCCUCGAGCACCGCUGAGGGUCGCCUCUACGACGUGUCCAUCCAAAGAAAACCUUUUGGGAUACAGAUUCGGCGCAAAAGCACAGGCACAGUAAUCUGGGACUCUCAGCUCCCUACCUUCACGUUCAGUGACAUGUUCAUUCAGAUUUCUACCCGCUUGGCAUCGCAAUACAUAUAUGGCUUCGGYGAGACUGAACAUACCAUGUUCCGGCGUAACAUGAGCUGGCAUACCUGGGGUUUAUUCACCAGAGACCAGGCUCCCACGUACAAGUUGAAUUCCUAUGGCUUUCAACCAUUCUACAUGGCCCUGGAAGAAGACAGCAAUGCCCACGGCGUUCUCUUGCUGAACAGCAAUGCGAUGGAUGUGACAUUCCAGCCCACUCCAGCUCUGACCUACCGCACCAUCGGAGGCAUCCUGGACUUCUACAUGGUUUUGGGCCCAACACCAGAGCUCGUGGUUCAGGAAUACACUGCACUGAUCAGCCGGCCGGUCAUGCCACCCUACUGGUCCUUGGGAUUCCAACUGUGCCGCUAUGGGUACAAUAACGACUCAGAAAUUGCUCAGCUGGUGGCUGAAAUGAAGAGAGCCGGCAUUCCCCAUGAUGUUCAGUAUGCGGAUAUUGACUAUAUGGAGCGGCAAAUGGACUUCACCAUCAGUCCAAAAUUUGCUGGAUUGCCAGCUCUAGUUAACAAAAUAAAACAAGAAGGAAUGAGAUUCAUCCCUAUCCUGGAUCCAACUAUCUCUGGAAAUGAAUCAAAUUACCUCACCUUCUCAAGAGGUGUGCAGAUGGAUGUCUUCAUAAAAUGGCCCAACACCAAUGACAUUAUAUUUUCAAAGGUCUGGCCAUUUCUUCCCAAUGUAGAAAUAAAUCAGACACUGCCUGAGCAAACCCAAAUACAGCUGUAUGGAGCACACGCCGCUUUCCCGGAUUUCCUCCGCAAUUCCACAGCUGAAUGGUGGAAGCAGGAAAUCGCAGACUGCUACAACAACCCCACCAAUGCCUCCAUGAGCCUCAAGUUCGAUGGCCUGUGGAUCGACAUGAAUGAACCUGCRGCCUUCAUGAAUGGUGCCAUCGGYGGGUGUAGAGACGAUGUUCUAAAUUACCCACCGUAUAUGCCUCAUUUAGGAUAUCGUUCAGAUGGAUUAAUUGUCAAAACGCCAUGCAUGGAAGGGCAGCAGUAUCUCGCCGAUGGUACCCCAGUGAGACACUACGAUGUCCAUAGCUUGUAUGGAUGGUCCCAAACAAGACCUACCUUGGAGGCCGUGCAGAGUGUCACCAAAGAGCGGGGCAUCAUCAUCACCCGCUCCACGUACCCCAGCAGCGGCCACUGGGCAGGACACUGGCUCGGGGACAACACAGCCGCGUGGGACCAGCUCACCAAGUCCAUCAUCGGUAUGAUGGAGUUCAGUCUCUUUGGCAUCUCUUAUACUGGAGCAGAUAUCUGUGGCUUCUUCAACGACGCAGACUACGAGAUGUGUGUCCGCUGGAUGCAGCUGGGCGCCUUCUACCCCUACUCCCGGAACCACAACCAGAAAGGCACGCGGAGGCAAGAUCCCGUGUCCUGGAACUCAACGUUUGAGGACAUUUCCAGGCACGUGCUGAAUAUCAGAUACACUCUGUUGCCCUAUUUCUACACACUAAUGCAUGAAGCCCAUGCCCACGGAAGCACUGUGAUCCGACCCAUGCUCCACGAGUUUGUGGAGGACAGAACAACAUGGGAAGUAUACAAACAGUUUCUCUGGGGACCUGCACUGCUCAUCAGCCCUGUGCUGGAGCCAAACGCUGUAACAGUGCAUGCUUAUUUCCCCAAUGCCCGCUGGUAUGACUACCACACGGAUGAACUUUCUAGCAUCAGGGGACAAUUCACAACAUUAGCAGCUCCUUUGGAACACAUCAACCUGCAUAUCCGGGGAGGUUACAUCCUUGCCAGGCAAAGCCCUGCUAAUACAACUUUCUACAGCCGACAAAACCCACUGGGACUUACAGUUGCUCUGAAUGACAGCCAGCUUGCCCAAGGGCAGCUCUACUGGGACGACGGGGUUCGCAUCAAUGCCUAUGAAGACGGGGCAUACCUGCUAACAACAUUUACUGCUAAUCAGAAUGGUUUGGAGAUCAGCGUGGAGCACCGGGGCUACGCUGACCCCAAUAACUUGCUGUUUGAGGAUGUCAAGGUGCUGGGGCUGAGCACAGCAGUGCAGCAGGUGACGGUGGUGCAGAACGGGGAGGUCAUCGCCUCUGGGCACAAUGCCAUCUACAAUGGCACRAGCCAGGUCCUGUCAAUCACCAAUCUUCAGCUUGCAUUAGGCGAGGACUACACACUGCACUGGAGCUAAAAUGCUGCGAGAUGAUGUCAGCCACAUCUCUGCAUUUUUUUCAUUGUUUUUAGAACCAUUUUUCAAUUUUCGUAUUGUUYCUUUGACAUACUAAAGUACUUUUUAUUGUAAAAAACUUUAGCCAUAGUCAGUUCAUAUUAAAGUAUUGUGCUAAAARGGGAAAAGUCAUGUUUUAGUAUUGUUCAAGGCUAACUACAAGAUCUCCAUGGGAUGCAGAAUUUGCGUUUUAUGACGCUUCAAUAUGACUUCAUCUGUCAAAACUAAAAACUGAAUGCCAAACACUGUUUUCCCG